UUGGGAGCUAUAGUUCAGCUCAGUGAACAGUGAAACCACAGGGAACCGGAUUCAUGAACACUUUGUUUUCAUUCACUCCAGAGAGAGGAAAGGAAAAAAAGCCUGAGGUUCACAUAUUUGUUUAUAUCGACUGCAACUUUGUCAAGAAUCAAGGAGAAGUCACGUGCAGGAAAAAGGGUGUACUCGGUGGCAUGCGAGGGAUCAGACUGAUGGAGCCUUUCUCUGGAGAUACAGAAGAAACCACAGAGGACAUCCCAGGACGUAAAAAAUUCAAGCUCAAGAGUCUGAAAACUCGUCUCUUUGGGAGAAGUAAGAGAGCAGGUGGAGAAGGAAACGCCAAACUCAGCCAGUCAGCCAGUGACAUAACUGCAGGAAAAGGUCUAGGAUCAGAAGAAGAUUUGGUAUGCUCGCAGGGCAUGAUGGGAUCACGGGCACUGUCCCACGACAGCAUCUUUCUGGCUGAUCAGGUCCUGACAGACCCUGAACCAGCCAGGGUCUUAUCCCAGGAGAACGUUCACAGCAAAAUCAAAGCUCUGCAGAUGAAACUUCAGCAGCAGAAAAUGCAUUUGGGGCCACCUCCUAUGGUUAUGCCAAUGAGACGUCCAGCGGAUCUGAGUAGCGAGGACUCUCUUCUCCACAGUCCUCACAAUUCAGGAGAAGAAGCUCAGGAAGCCCUUACAAAGGCGAUUUCUCAGCCAACAUCUUGUGCACUUUCACCCAACCCCAAACUUGCACCUACUAAGUCUCUUCCCUCGACUCCAUCCCAUUCGUUUUCUCUUUCCGUCCCCUCUAUUUCUCCUUCUUCUGCUGCCGAGGCCCCGUCAGAUUUUAGCACACCAGCUCAGUUCACCCCCUGUUUGGACACUUCUGCUGCACGUCACCGAAUGUCUAUUAAACCCAGAAACCAGAGGGCCAGCACUAAGAAGAAACUUGCUGUGGCUGACUCUCAGUCUCAUUUAGAAACCCUGAACAACGUUGACCGACGCGAGCCUGUGAAAGAAGAAAAACAGCAUCUCGGUGCUCGAGAGGAAGAAACAGUGCAAACAAAAGAAGAAGAAAUUGGGGUUCCUGUUGUACACGAGUGUCUUCCUUCAAAAUGGGCAGAAGUGGCACCGGCCACAUCAGAGGCACUACUCAAAUCAUCUGGUCAAAGUUUCUCCAAACAGGACCAUGCUGUUCCUGUAGCCUUCCAGGUACUUCGAGUUAAACCUCACAGGCGUGUAGAUUCAACAUCCGGUCAGCGGCCACACUCAUCCUUCAUAGAGUCAGGACUGAAGGAACAAAGACAAGGGGAUUUGGAGAAACAAUCAAUACGUCAUGACAGGGAAAAUACUCUUUACAAACCUGGGACGACUGAAGUUUUCACAGACCCGCCCUGUCCUACCCUUGGUUCAGGGAUGGCAUUCAGGUCUUCCUCUGUUAAACAGCAGGUUCAAAGUGAUGGCAAGACCACAAAAGGAAUAAAAAGAUCUACCCAAGGAUCUGGCUCUUUCCACUUUUCUGUCACCGCAUCGAAAAACCAAGAUGCAGAAAGACCGCGAUCGGGCAGUUUUUUGGGAGUGCUGGAACGGACUGAAGCCAGGAACAGGACAACCAGUGAAACAGAGGAGAAAAACACGAGGGAAAAGGAGGAACUUAAAGAGCUAAGGGAACGUCCUUUUGCUUAUGGAAGGUUUCGACCAGAGGGGGCACCACCUAAAACCUCAGCUGUUCCCCGGGACAGGAAAGACAGCUUCAAAAAGGUGGAAUCAGAGACACCAUCUAAAGAUGCACCCGCAGAUGCAGGCGCUGCUGAGGCAGAGGAGAUGGAGAGCAGCCAGGAAGAGGUGGAAGAGGCGGUCGAGGCAAAGGAGGUUCAGGAGGAACAAGGAAAAACAGCUUUCGGUAUCAAACUGCGCUCCACAUCUCAUUCACUUAAACUUCGGUUUGAUACUGCUUCAAACAGGCAUUCAAAGUCAGCAGUGGGUGAGGACCAGCGUGACAAACAAAAAUGUCCAGAAGUGAGUGAAAAAAAGCAGCAAACAAAUGCAUCAUCCUCCUCUGGAGAGCUCAGGCCAACAGAUCAAACCCCAUCUGGCUUCUCCCCUCCAGUCAAACAUAGUGCUCCAUUUACCAGCGAAACAUCAGGGGUUCAGACGACGUCUGCAAACCCGAGAGAGGCAGAAGCUACACCCCAGGAGCCUCAGCCUGCCCCGCAGACAGCCUCAUCUGAGGUGUCCUGGAUGACUCUAGCUAUGGAAAAGACCAGGAGCCUCCAACAGCUUUUCACUAGCAGAUUCCCCAGAGAUUUUGCUGGAAAUUUACAGGCAAACAUGCAAUCUGCAAUUCGACCGCAGGCACAAGUGCAGCCCACAAAUCAAUCAGAGACAGCGGCCGGGACUCAGACACAGACUGUGCAAGCUGGAAGUCAGCCAUCAGGUGACACAGUAAAAGCAGAAAAGGCUCAAAGUGGAAGUCAAGCACAGACUGUCAAAACCUCACCGAUAUUGCUGCCACAGAAAGCAUCUCCUGUGCUGUCAAAUGCCUCCAGAGAUCCACAAAUGUCAAAACACACCAGUGAAGACCAGACAAAUACAAUGAAGCCUGUCUCACAUCCAGUGGUGACCAAUCCAUGGACAACCCAGUCUCCUGUGCGCUCCCCUUCACAGACAGACAGCUCAUGUCAGUUUGCACAAGGGAGCUCCACACAGUCUCUUGCACAAUCUUACCUUACCUCAGGCCAGCAGCAAUCCUCCUGGAGCAAUCGAGGUCUCCACUCUGCGCAGCAGCUCAAACCCACAUCUUCCGGUCCAAGAGGCGAAGGAGAAGCCAGUGCACAAAAAGAGGGUCCGCCACUCACAGCCAGAAGAGCAUUUUGGUCUGGUUCUGUAAGCGAGAAGGCUGCUUUUUUAGAGAGACAAGCAGAGUGGACCACACCACCUGGACCCAAGGGGGUGGAUUUGAGGAAAGCUAAUAUAGACAUGCAGGCAUCAGGUGAAUCCCCUAACUUGGCAAAAACCACACCUGUAAACAAAGACACAGUGGCAGAGGAAAUACAAGCAGUAAAUCUUGCAGAAUUAAGCCCCAUCAAAGUUCCAGAAAGGCCACGUGAGGACAGAUGGUCACGGAAAAAUUCACCGUCUUCUUCAUCGCCGUCAUCAUCACCCACACUGCCGUCGGUGCUGCAGUCCAUGUCUGACAGCGGCCAGCCAUCCUGGAUGGAACUGGCCAAGAGGAAGUCAAUGGCAUGGAGUGAUAAGACCAUGGACUAAGAAGGAAACAGUAGUAUGAAGAGCCCACCAUGGAGACAAAUAUGCCUUUGUCAUGGUUCAUGUGUAGACUGUCAGAUAGCUGUUGAUUUACUGAACUCUGCAGAGAUUGUUUGAUGCUGCUGUUAUUUGGAUUCAAGGGUUAAUGUUUAAUUGAGAGGGAGGGGAGUUCAUUAUAAUCCCUGUUAUUUAGAUAAGAUGUAAUGUUUCACGUGAUUCAGCAUUUCGCUGCUGUUAACAGUUUAUGUUAAAUAAUAAAAAUUUUCUCUUAUCCAGUGACUUAAACUAAGAUCCCUCAAGUGAAAUAAAAAAACUAAAUUACUUUAGACUAUAAACUAACUUGUUUGAUAUCCCCCCAGUAUCACCUGAAGUUGGACAUCAACUCUGCUAAAACUACAUUUUUAUAAAAGUUACACUUUUUAGAGAUCGUGUGCAGACUGAUGAUCAACACUGAAUUUAGAGCAGAAAAAUAUCCCAGCUCUGCGUGUUUGAUUAUUUUCUCAUCUGCUGGUGUAUCCUGGAUAUUUACUUCCUCACUAGUCUACAGCCCCACCUGCAGGCCAGAUUUCAGACCUUUUCUCCAGGCUCUACAGCAUCAUUGCAAAUGUGGAUUGAAAUUUGCCUUUUUAAUUAAAGGUCAGGCCUUAUUUUCACACUUUAAAA